CUGACUGGCUGGAACGUCAACAACAACUUUGUUUGAUUUAGGGAAGUUGCAGUUUCACUGAGUGUUUCGUACGUUGAACCGAAGGCACAAUUUCUAAUGUGAGAAACAAAGUUACACCAUUUUCAGUUGGAAAAUGUCCCAGGGAUGUACAAUUUCUGUGGAAGAGAUCCAGUCUUGGUGGGAAGUCCCCGCCAUAGCCCACUUCUGCUCGCUGUUCAGGACGGCAUUCAGUCUACCAGACUUUGAAAUUGAGGAGUUGGAGGAGGCGUUGCUGAAGCGGGACCAAGACUUCCUGGCCGACCUCAUCUCCUCUCUCCUGCAGGGCUGCUACCAGCGCACCGACAUCACGCCCCAGGCCUUCAGCAGUUACCUGGAUGACAUCAUCAACUACCGCUGGGAGCUGGAGGAGGGGAAGCCCAACCCGCUGCGGGAGGGCCCCUUCGAAGAGCUGGCCCCCCGCACGCAGGUGGAGCUCCUGCACCGCCUGUGUGACUACCGCCUGGACGCUGCCGACGUCUUCGAUCUGCUCAAGGGACUCGAUGCGGACAGCUUGCGGGUGGAGCCGCUGGGGCAGGACGGAAACGGCGCCCUCUACUGGUACUUCUACGGCACGCGCAUGUACAAGGAGGAGCCGGUCAAGCCGAAGCCCGGCGAGGUCAGUGAAGUCGCUGAGGUUAAAGUCCCAGAGAAAAGGAAAAGGGGACGACCACCAAAGAAGAAGAAGCUGGAGGAACAGCAGCUGAGCGAGGUGAACAGUGUGAAAAAGGAGGAGAAUGGAACGGGGGUCGUGCAGCCAGGCACGGAGCGUGAACGCGGCACCUGGUCACUGGUGUGUGACACGGAAGAGCAGUGGCUGAGCCUGGCCGACAGCAUCAAGGACAAGACGUCGCCCCAGGACCGUCACCUCUACCGCAUCAUCAGCCAGAACUUCCUGCCUGAGAUCAGGAGCAUGAUCGAGCACAAGGAAAAAGAGCACAGGGAGAAGGAGCCUGCCCCAGUCCGCAGCUCAAACCGCCUCUCUGCCAAGCGCAUCACACAAGAGGCAGAGGAGACUCUGCAGGCCAUUGCAGAGGUUGCGCAGCAGAAGCAGAGGGAGGAGGAGGUAGACAGACAGAGGCUGCUGGCGGAGCAGCGGAAGGAGGAGGAGAGACUGCUGCAGGAGGAGCGUCAGCGGGAGGAGCUGGAGAGGAUCAAAGCUGUGGAAGAGCGCGCGCGGAGGCGGAAACAGCGAGAGGAGAAGGCGUGGCUUCUGUCCCAGGGCAAGGAGCUGCCCCCCGAGCUGCUGCACCUGGAGCCGCACUCACCUGUCCGCCGCAGCCGCAGGACCAAGGAGUUCUAUGAGAUUGAUGAUGAUUACACAGCUCUGUACAAAGUGCUGGAGGCCCUGAAGGCCCACAAGGAUGCCUGGCCCUUCAUGGAGCCCGUGGACGAGUCUUACGCUCCUAACUACCACGAGAUCAUCCAGACCCCCAUGGACCUGUCCACCAUUGAGAAGAAGCUGAACGAAGGGGAGUACAUCGCCAAGGACGAGUUCGUGGCCGACGUGAAGCUCAUGUUCGAGAACUGCCAGGAGUACAACGGCGAGGACAGCGAGUACACCAUGAUGGCGGAGUCUCUGGAGCGCUGCUUCAGCAAGGCCCUGCUGAAGCACUUCCCGUCGGAGGAGGGCGACACGGACGAGGAGUUCCACAUCAGCGGCGAGGACCGCGAGCGUGAGCGCAAGGAAAAGAGGCGGAGCCGCGGCCAGCGGCAGGCCGGGCCCGAGAGCCUGAUCCGGGCCACGGAGCAGGCCAAACGGCGGUACGCCCCGCAUAGCGGCAAGGGCAGCGCCCACCCGGAGGAGGAGAAGCACAAACCUGCCCCCCCGCCACCCGCCGUGCACCGGGCCAACGGGCCCCAGCCCGGCCCUGACCCCCGCUCCGGCCCCCAUCACCCAGCCCAGCCGCUCCAGGUCCCUCCCGGCUCCGGAGUGUUUGGCCAGCGGAUGCCUGUGGGUCCAGGGCUGCCCUUCCACGGGCAGAGACUACCAGAACCCAGGCCUGGAGAGCCCAGCUCUCAGCGCCUGCCUCACCACUUCAACAUGCAGCCGCCUGCUGUGGAGGGUCACCACCUUGGCCUGCGGUUCCCGGCGGGCCCUGACGCCCGGCCUCUUCAGCCCCACCAGCAGCAGCCCUACAUGGGCCCCACCCACGGCCCCUCCCUGGGCCCCCGCCCCGUGGCCCUGCAGUCCGGGGGCCUCUGCACCCCUCCGCCCGAGGCAAACAUGUACCCCUCCCGCCAGCACCCGGAGGGGCAGGUCUCCCACCCUGGGAGGAGCAGGUACCCGGGCCCGGGCGUCCUGCCACAGCACAACUCCUACGCCCACUUCCGCCCGCCGGGGGUGGGCAUGCCCAACAUGUGGCCCGGCAUGAACAGUCAAGGACAGGAGCGGCCCUCUGGCCCCACAAUGCAGGACCAGGCCAUGGGGAACCCCCUCGCUCAGCACCCUUUUAACCCCGGCAUGGGUCACGCGCCCCCCAAACCGUGGCCGGAGCAGCCCGCCGGAUACCUGCCCCCUAACGGGCAGUACAGGAUGGCCACGGCGGUCAGCUCCCCGGGCCCGGUCCCUCACCUGGACUCCCGGCCGCGGCUGUCCUCCAUGCUGGACAGCCCCGAAAUGAUCGCCCUGCAGCAGCUGUCCGCACCCUCCGGCCCCCCCUCGGGGCCGUCCCGCCAGCCCCUCCCUCAGCACAUGGGCAAAUUCCAGCAGCAUCCGCAGCCUGCCGCGGCCCCCUCUCCUGCCCACCCCCAGCAGCGGCCUCCACCUGAAAUCCAGCUGCUGCGCCCCGCCAGAGACAACGGCACAGACCCCCGGCCCCCCCACCAGCGGGACGCGCCGCCAAAAGGAAUGCCAGCGUUGGAGUCCAAAGCAGCCAUUCCGCCGUCGCGAGUGACCCCCGUCCCGUCUGAGCAGGAACGGCGGUCCGUCCCCAGCCCCAUGGAGCACCCCAGCCGCCCCAGCGGGGGCAUGCAGAGCCCUUCUGCCCCGGACUGGGGUAGGCCACAGGAGAGGGGGAAGGAGGAGCAGCCGCCGGGCCCGGGACACCCGCAGGGCUCGGAGACUUGCAGCAGGGAGGCGGAGCCCAUCCAUCAGCAGUUCUCCCAGAAUGCACCUCAGCACGGCCAGCAGCACGGCAUGCGGCCGCCAGCAGCACCGUCUUCCCAGGCGCCCAGGUACCCGGCGCCCCAGCUCCCGGCCCAGCCCAGCCCCGCCGAGCGCGGGGACAAGCGGCCCAGCGAGCCAAUGGGCAGGAGGGAGCCCGGCCUCAUGAUGAAGCCUGCCGCCACCCCCGCCCCACCCAACGGACACUACAAACAGCAGGCCUUCAGCCCAGAGCCACAGACUCAGCUGGGCGGCCAGGGCAGGCCAGGCCCCCAAGGACCAGCCAUGCCCCACUCCCAGCAGGGGCAGGAGAACGGGGCCAUGGGCCAGUUUGGCAUGGCCGGCCCGGCGCACACACACUACGGCUUACCCAUCGGACGACCGCUGCCUCCCCCAAACCACCAGCCCUUCCCCACCCAGGCACCCCCACAGACUAUGAACCCCCACCACAGCCCAGCCCGCUACCCACCUUACCACCAGCAGGGGGCGGCGUACCCGUACCACAUGCCCUCUCAGAAUCCCCAAGGCCACGGCAACAUGUUUAACCAGUUCCAGCAGCCCCACUACUACCCGCAGCCCCGGGGUGGUGGUGGCAGGGGUGGGUUCCCCGCGGAGGAGUGGCAGAGACCUCCGUACCAGCCGCGCCUCCCUUCCAGCGCCUACUUGCCGGCGGGCGGCGCCGGGGUGAACGGCCGGCCCAAGGACAGCAGCAUGUCCCCUCAGGGGUCGGAGGGCUCCGGCGGUAGCCUGCUGUCCCCCAGCCCGCUGCCGCCUGAGGGCCCGCACUGCGGCGGGGUGGAGAGCCGGGAGGCCGGCAGCCCUGUGAAGCCGGCCCGCGUGGAGGAGGACGGCGAGCGGCCCGACAGCCCCAAGGAGAUCCUGGACCUGGACAGCCACAACGCAGCCGCCCGCCGCCGCAGCACCCAGCUCCCGCACGCCGCCAACUUCCCCUACGACCCACGCGCCGUGCACCCCGGCAUGCAGCAGGGCGGCGUCCCGCCCCCCCACAUGAUGCCCCGCCCUCCCUACUCUGCCCACCCGUACCCCGGCGGUCACUACGCCCCCCAACGGCCCCACCCGCACCUGAUGGAGGCGCUGCAGCGCCCCCAGCACCUCCCUUUCCCCCCGGGCCAGCCCCGCAUGGCCUUGUACCGGCACCCCCAGGCAGGGGGCCACUUCCAGGGCAUGAUGGUCCAGCAGCGCGGCCUGGCGCCUGAACGCUACCUCCACCCCGGGCAGCAGGCGAUGUGCGCAGGGUCUCCCAGGGACUCCGGCAGCAAGCAGGGAGUGUGAUGGGAAUGCCCGGAGCUGUGCAGGAAAAGAGGAACAGAACAAAAAAAAAAAAAAAAACCGCAAGAGGAGAACUAGGGAGCGCCUCUGACUCUCCUCGCCGGCCGUCUGCCGAAGCGGCUUUUGUGACCAUACGUUCCGGAGGAGCUUGUAAAUGGGACUGAGUGAUACUGUGAAAUCUUGAUCUCCGCUGUCAAGUGUCUCAAACUGGAGUUUGUUGUCUCCCCCCUCCCCACCCCACACUGUCUGUUGUUGUUUUGGAGCAGCGGUUGUGGUAUCUCUACCUCCUGAGAGCAUUCCCUCAGGAAAUGAACUUGGGGGAAUAUCUUCUGUGUGUUUGGACAGAACUGCUUCGGAGAUAGGUGUAUUGUCUGGAAGUUUUUUGUGUUGGUUUUUUUUUUUUUUUGUUUUUUGUUUUUUUUUUAUAGCCCUGUGGGAAUGUGUGACUACUUUCUUGCCAUCCCCAGUCAGCACGCCUCACUGCAGCUCCAUUCGAACACCUUCCCUCCCUCCUGCCCUCCCUCCACACCUUUGUCUGCAUUCCUGCGUUCCCUCAGCUCCUGACCGCCUGUCCUGACCAGGCCUGCGCAGGCGCAGACUCCCGCGCUGAUUGGCUGGAACUGUCCUGUGCGCUCACUGCGCAAGUGCGUCUGCGCCCUUCUGCCGAUGCAGGAGGAGGAGAAUAGGAUUGUUCAAGAGAGCA